AUGGCCAAGAAAAGAAAGGUCUCAGGACGCAACAAUGCGCCAUCAGGCCCAAAAGAACUUGACACUUCAGAUGCUCGCCUUGGACCAAUCACUACCUACGAAGAUGUUGCCGAUUCCGAAGACGAGUACUUCAUGAACCGAGACCAAAUACUACUUGAUGACGAACCGACCUCGAAGCGCCGGAGAAAAGAGGACGAUGAUAUCGAGCUAUCUGACGAGGAGGUUCUCGGCUAUGAGGACUCAGACUCUGAGGAGGAUGAACAGUCACACAAGACCAAAGGCUCAAAAUCCAAGCACGCCGCCUCGGAUGAUGAAGAGGACAAGGAGGAGGAGGAGGAGGGCGACUCUGGCUGGUGGGGAGCUUCCCGAAACGACUACUAUAAUGCCGAUAAUAUCGAAACCGAGGCCGAUGCUCUCGAGGAAGAAGUGGAAGCCAAGCGCCUUCAGCAAAAGAAGCUUUCCAAGAUGGCCGAAGAAGAUUUCAUUUUCGACGGCGAUGAGUGGCUAGCUGAUGGUCAAGAGGAGGGCGAAGGUGAGGAGACAGUCACAGAGGUCCUAAAGGAGGUUGAAAUCACAGAUGAUAUGGGACCUGAGGAGCGGUACACACUUCUCAAGAACCGCUACCCCGAAUUCGAACCUCUUGUCAAGGAGUUUCAAGCCCUACAACCCGCUCUGCCAGAUCUCCAAAAAGCAGCUCAAGGUCUUUCUGGUCAAUCGCUGGAGGCUGUCAAGUACUGGGUUGCUGGUUGUUAUGUCGCUGCUCUCGCCAGUUAUUUCGCCAUCUUGACCUCUCCCGCAAGAGACAACUCCAAGGUGCAAAAGACAAUUGACCCCGCCGAACUACGAGAUCACGAGGUCAUGGAAACGCUGAUGAGCUGUCGUGAGGCAUGGCGGAAGGUCAAGGAUCUCAAGUCGACAAAGAGUGUCGAUGAGGAUGCUAUCUCAGAUAUCGAUGACGAGGCUCUUAUGCAGGGCAUCGAGAGUCUGGACGCCGAGGUGAAGAAUACAAAGAAGAGCAAGAAGUCUUCCAAGCAAGAAAAGGCUGCCGCUGAGAAAUUGGCACGAAAGCUUGAGAAGGUCAAGGCCGGAGAGGCUGCGGUUGCUGAUCUCUACGACCUACCCAUUCCUGGCAAGAAAUCCAAGAAGGCCAAGAAGGCUGUCAUUCAACAAGAUGACAACUCCGACUUUGGUGAGGAGGAUGUUCUCGAUGAGCGUACCGCAGCCGAGAAGGCCGCCCGCAAGAAGAGUCUCAAGUUCUACACUUCACAAAUCGUGCAGAAGGCGAACAAGCGUGCUGGCGCUGGAAGGGAUGCUGGUGGUGAUAUGGAUAUUCCUCACCGUGAACGUCUCCGCGAUCGUGCAGCACGUCUCAAUGCCCAGGCUGAGAAGCGAGGGCAGAAGAGUUCCAAGCUAGGAACAGAACUAGGCGACAACAGCGACGACGAAGAUACCACAACAGCCAAGACCGUUCGCGAUAACGAGGAUGAGUACUACGACAUGGUGGCACAAAAGUCAAAGAAGGGCAAGGAGGACAAGGCUGCUCGCUACGCAGCAUACGCCGCCGCCAGCAAGGCCGAUCGAGUGGUAGAAAAGGAAGAGCUUGGCGAGGACGGCAAGCGCAAGAUCACAUAUGCCAUCGAGAAGAACAAGGGUCUGGCGCCCAAGCGAAGCAAGGAUGUCCGAAACCCCCGUGUCAAGAAGCGUAAGCAGUACGAGGCCAAGCAGAAGAAGUUGAAGAGCAUGAAGCCCACUUGGCAGGGAGGCGAGCCCAAGGGAGGAUACCAAGGAGAGUUGUCUGGUAUCAACACAGCUGUUAUCAAGAGUACAAGACUAUAG